UUCUCGGGGCGAGGCGGGAGCGCGGCUGUUCCCGCCCCCGAAGGGAGCGGCGCGGAAGCGGCCUGUGGCGGCGGCGGCCGGCGCGGAGCGCGGCUUUCAGGCAGCUACACGUGCGCCGCGAUGGUGGGGUCCCGGAUGCCGAAGUCGCCGGGCCCCGCCGAGUCGGUCGCCGAGAGGCUGAACGAGGUGCUGAAGCCGGACCGGCAGGAGACGGGCGAGGCCGCGAAGCUGGGCCAGCUGCUCGCUGCCUCGGCCAAGAAGGUGCUGCUGCAAAAGAUCGAGUUCGAGCCCGCCAGCCGCGACCUGGCCGGGCAGCUGGGGCAGCUGCGGGGAAAGUAUCUGCUGCUCAACCCCGAGGCUAAGGACGGCGAUUGCCGCCGUGACGCCGAGGAGCGGCCGGCUGACAAGCAGGGCGGCGGUGGUGACGCCAGGGAACCGGGGGAUGGCAUCCCCGCGCCCCAGAAGGUGCUCUUCCCUGCCGAGAGUCUCUCCAUGAAGUGGAAGCAAAUCUACCGUGUCGGCGCAGGGCUGCACAACCUCGGGAACACUUGUUUCCUCAACUCCACGGUGCAGUGCCUGACCUACACACCACCGCUCGCCAACUACCUGCUCUCCAAGGAGCACAGACGCAGAUGUCAACAAGGAGGCUUCUGCAUGAUAUGUAUUAUGCAGAAUCACGUAAUCCAGGCUUUUGCCAACAGUGGGAAUACAAUAAAGCCAAUGGCCUUCAUCCGAGACCUCAAGAACAUCUCCCAGAACCUGCAGUUCGGCAGGCAGGAGGAUGCACAUGAGUUCCUGCAUUAUGUCAUAGAUGCCAUGCAGAAGGCCUUUCUGAACGACUGUACCAAGUUGGAUCGCCAGACCCAGGCCACCACGCUGAUCCACCAGAUCUUUGGCGGCUGCCUGCGGUCCCGUGUCAUGUGCUUGGCGUGCAAGAGUGCCUCAGACACCUAUGAGCCUUACCUGGACCUGUCUCUGGACAUCAAGGAAGCUCCAAGCGUAGCACGGGCGCUGCAGCUGUUUGUGAUGCCAGAGCUGCUGGGUGGGGAGAACGCCUACAUGUGUGACAAAUGCAAGAAGAAAGUGUCAGCCUGCAAACGCUUCACCAUCCACCAAGCCUCCAACAUCCUCGUAGUCACCCUGAAGCGCUUUGCUGACUUCACUGGAGGCAAAAUCACAAAGGACGUGGGAUACCCCGAGUUCUUGAACAUCCGGCCCUACAUGUCGGAGAACCACGGGCCCCCCGUCACGUACAGGCUGUAUGCAGUGCUGGUGCACUCAGGGUACAGCUGCCACGCAGGACACUACUACUGCUACGUGAAGGCCAGCAACGGGCAGUGGUAUCAAAUGAACGAUAACCUGGUCCGCACCAGCAACAUCAAAGUGGUCCUCAACCAGCAGGCCUACAUGCUGUUCUACCUGAGACUCCAAGAGAAGAGCAAGGAGGUGCCUGUUAGCAAAGCUGCCUCUGCCUCCAGGUGGACCAAGAGGAUUGUGACCUCCUUCCCAGCUUCCCCAUCCACGGGCUUGAAACUAUCUGUGGUGCUAGGGAAGAGGCAGCUGGGGCAGGACAUGGGGGUCCCUGUCGCCCGUGACUCGUUUGGGACAGCGCUGAAGCAGCCAAAGCUGCUGAAUGGAACUGAUCUGCUGCAGAUGUCCAAUAGACCCCUGCCACCCAAAGUGCCCCACACAGCCCCAGUGCAGUGCAGUGACACAGCCCAGAAGGUCAGAAAGCUGCAGCUGCCUCAUGCUCCCGUUGCUGAGGACUCCUGCAAUGCCAGCGAUGCAAGCAGGGCCAAAGAGAAGCUGCCCCAGCAUAGCUCCUGCGAGAGCAGGGGGCCACCUACCUCAUCCAAGCUGCCUCUGGAACCUGGCCAGCAGCCUGGAGGCAGUGGCGAUAAUGCCAGUGCCCUGGAGAAGGACUCCAAUGGCAGCAGUGCUGCCAGCCCAGCCCAGGGCACAGUGUGGAAGCCUUACAAAGAAUCCCAGAAGGCCCAGAGCAGAACCUUCUGCCCCUCUGAGGAAUUGGACUGUGGCUCAGCCCCCGCCACUGGCCCUGGUGCCACACCAGCUGCCCACAAAGACUCCAAGUCUGCAAAACUGAAAUCCUUCCAGCUAGCCAGAAGCACUCUGGAGCCGAGCAGCAACGUGUCCUCACCACCAGCCAAGGAGAUGGCACCCUCUGGAAAAAUGCUGCAGGGCAGCCUCCCACAGAAGGGGAGUGGAAGCGAUGGCCACACACCAGUUCACCCUCAACCUGCGACCACCAUCCAGCUCAAGCCCCCUCCCCAGCCUGACAUAGGCAGGCCGAGAGGGAAGAAGAGGUGCCUAGAAGCCAGCAUUGGUCCCUCCAAAAAGAAGCGUUGCAAGUGGCGUCAAGGAGCCGAGGGCUCCACUCCUGCUGAGGCUACGGGGGAUAACGAUGACACCUCAGAACCCCCCAGGAAGAAAAGGAAGAUCUCCACUCUGGAGAGCCUGGUGUCCCUCAUGGGGAAGGAGGCAGCAGACAAGAGUCCCAGUGAUGGCCAGGGGAAGCCACGGUGUCAGAGCUUGGAGAGCAGGUCCAAACAGCCAGUAUCAGACCCCAGCACUUCCCCAGGUACAGAGUCCAUCAAGAAGAGGAAGAGAAAGAGCAAAACAGAGGACACGGAAGAGCGGUGCUCUGAGGUGCUCCCCGCAGACAGCUGCAAGGCCAGGCUGAAGCCCUGCGGCAUGGAGCAGCUGUGGACAGCAGAGGCUGGAGCUCAGACGAGCGAGAGCUACAAGCAGAGCCACAGCAUGGGCAGCUCAGCCCUGGCACAGCCAGCUGCCCCCAGUGCCUGUGCCACGGAUGGUACCCCAGUAGCAGCCUGUGCCUCAGAUAACAAGACAGGGCAGAAGAGCAGCACCUCUUCCAGCUGGGGGGCCAGUGCAGCACCCGUGAACGGGGAGCAGUCCAGUGUGGUGGGCGAGCUGCUCAGGAACUCCUUGGACAAGGCUUAUGGAAAACAAGUGCUGACCUGGGAGGGCACGGCCUCAGCCGUCAGCCAGGAUGCCAUUCAGGAUGCCAAGUGGGUCCGGAGUGUGACCAUCGUCGAUGAGUGGGACAAGGAGUUUGACAAAGGGAAGGUUAAAAAGGUGAAGAAAAAGAGAGGCUUCAGCUGCUUCCAGCAGCGGCAGAGCUUGUGGUCGGUGUGGCCUGGCCGGGGGCCCAGCCUGGGCCACCGCCUCUGAGGACCCGACCUGCGUCCCUCAGCAAGCGAACAGGGCACAUGUGGGGAAGUGCUGUCCUGGGAGCUGCUGCUGGACUGCUACCCCGUCCUUCCUCCUCCUCACCCGGACGUUCCUGCCUCUCGCCUGCCCUCCCUCAUCACGUUUUUCUCCCGGACUGUUCUUCCCCCGCCGACCCCCGCCCCCCGCCUUCUCUUCACAGCGGUUGUUGUGAGAAUACCGUUCGCCCCGGGGGCCUGCGGCCUCGCGCUGGCGCAGAAGGCAGCAGCGCCCACCCCGCGGGCCGGGGCGCAGCCGCCACUUCGCCGGGCAAUAAAGAACCCGGCGCCUGCCGGGGGGCCGCAA